GUGGAAUGUACGAAUACGGUUUCUCUCGGGUUUGCAACCGCAGCGGGCCAUACUUUUGAGUUUAAUUUAGGCAUGUUUACUAGUUUUCAAGUGCAGUCUUCCUAUCUUCGGACUGGUGUAGCUAAAAUUGUGCUGCGAAAUUCUGGAAAGACAUGUUGCAUGAAAGCCAGAAAUUACAGGACGUGGUUGCAAUACGUUUAGAAGACAAUGGCAGGUGAUUGCUAGGUAAAAUUGUUCUUAUCUGAUGAUUGCCCUUCAACAGUUGGCCACAAAUCCCAAGAUCAUCUUCAAGCAAAGAAAAUGUCAAUAGGACCUUCAGAUGAUUUACCACCUGGUUUUGAAGACGAUCAUUUCCAAAAUCAAUCAAAGGCUAAACUCUCUCACAUUCCUCAGAUUAAAUGGGAAUGCCCUUCUUUGUUCACUUUGAGUAGUGAUUGGCGCGGCAGCUGGAGAAGACAGUAGGGAGACAUAUGAUCAGAAGUAAAGAGAAAUGAGAGUGCUUGAAGAAGUUUAUCCUCGUAUUUCUGCCAUUCCUGAUGGACCUUCAGUUUCUUCUAACGUGGAGAAUGAAUGUUAUGAUGAUAAUGAGAGCGUCAUUCCUCUCCUCCCUCUCAUUCCUGUUGAGGAGGAACAAGAGUCAGUAGAGGAUACUGAACCUGACUUUCCCACCAAAAAAUUGCAGUCACAAAACUUGCAGCAGCAAUAUAUACCACCAGCAACAUCUCUCAUUAACCCACAAUGCAACAAUAUUAAUUCACGUUGCAGUGGAAAACCACUACCUGCAACAUCUUCUGAGUCAGAUAUAGUUGCAGCAGCUUCUGCUGCUGCUGUAGCUGCCAUUAUAAAAAGCAAUGAGCAAGGAAGCUUGAUUGAUAUGGAUUUGCUCCGUAAAUUAUUUACUGACCCAACAAUGAUUGAAAAGUUAAUUGAGCAAAAUAGAACUGCUACCACCACUGUCAGUGCACCCUCAAAUAUUUUGAGUAUACCAGCUUCUUAUUCUAAACCUGCAGCUGUAGCUUCUGAGACUAAACCAACUGCACCAACAACCACAAUGGGUUUAUGGCCUACUUCUGUGACAAGGAAAGCAACACAUGAAAAGCCAUCAAUUACAUCUGUUCCAUCUGUUUCUUUGGCUAUGCCUUUAACUCCUCAAACAGUAACAAGGCAUAAACCUCAAUCAACUCACAGGCCUGUCAAGAAAAAUAUUCCUCAUAUGCCAAAUGGAGUGCUUCCCUCUUUAAACACUCACUCUCCACAACAAGGGUUAAAGAGAGCAGCACCAUUGGCUUCUGUUUCCUCCAGUGAAUUGAAAACAGUGGCAGUGCCUUCUGCUUCUGCAAACAUGCAUGCAGUUGCAAAACAGAUGAAGCCUGGUUAAAGAACAUGGUACUCAUAAGCAAGGCAAGAAGAGUCUUAGGAAUUUACAAGGUUUGAAACGAUCGCAGGGGGAAGUGAAAUUCAAAAGCAAGAAACCUUGCAUAUACUUCGGAACUCCAAGGGGUUGCCGUAAUGGUUCUGAUUGCCCUUUUCAGCAUGAUAUGCCAAAUCAGUGGGAAGCUGGUAACGUCCUAAUGGCUCAAAAUGCUAAAAGAUUGAAAGUAGGAAGAGAAAUUUAGGGGAGGUUAUAUACUUAAAGGGCACAAUCUGAUGGUGAAGACCGAAGACUAUAACCCCUUGUACAUUAAUUAAAUUGUACAGGGAAAGGGAGGAGGCCAGGUAGAUAAUUAUGUACGGGAAACAUGUUUUAAUUUUAGUAUUUUUUUAACAGGUUUAUCAUUUUAUUUUCAUUAGUUUUUCUUUCUCUCCUGAUAUUGUUGUUGUAGGCUAAUAUCUUGGAAACUCCUGUAAUG